UUUAAAGUUUUAUGUUUAUGAUGCUUGCUCGUCGACAUAACUCCGAGAUACUAUUGGUACGUCAUGGAUCGACCAAUCAAAGAAGUUUUGCCGAAAUGACGUGUACUCAUCGACCAAUGGCAUGGAGGGACUGGCGUUAUGGGCGUGUCACGAAAGACCUGUUGAUUCAUACCCCGCCCAGGUUUAGAACUAUCUUCUCUUGAAUGAACAACAACAUGACCCUGCCUGCACGUAUGCAGACACGUGUCUCGUUUUAUGCAAAUGAGAUUUCAUAGCUCGUCCAAUCAAAAGUGACAAUUACUUGGCACGCGUCUACUCAGCUGAUGAACAUUCUUUAGGAAAAGUAGCGGAGAUAGUUUGGUGUAAGUUACUUAAGAACAACAAUAACUUGUUCCUGUAAUCUACUCAUUGCACCUGUUGUGGAGAACUCUCAGCCAAUCACGUCGCCGGGUUUCCUGCACGCGCGCGUGACCUGACAUUCGCACGUUCGUCGGCACACGGUUAAAUUUCAACCAGAGACCGCAAUAAGUUAUUUAUUCAUAUAAACUGACCGAUAUUUAAUUUCGGAAAGACUAUCUACUUUUAUCUCUUCUUACCUAGAGACGUUAAAGAUGUUUUUCCUCCAGAAUGAAAUAAUAUUUGGGAUUGCGCCAGACGAGAAGGUUUUCCGAGGGCCUGUUUCCUGAUGUCGUAGGCCUUUUUUUCUUUAUUGGUCUAGAAUUAUUGAAACCUUCUCGAAUAUCGUUUAGCAACGCCUAAGUUUCCCUGUACUUAGUGGACACUGGAAGACGGCAACUAAUUCUAAUCGUCAUUAAGCUGCUACUCGAGAGCAAAUUCUUUUCAAUUCUGUGGAGUGGAUUGCUCUCCAACCCUGGAAUCUUAAAAGUGCCGUCAUCCUCACGUUUUGAAUUCACCUUUUCCCGUUUUAAUGACGUCUUAUUGACUUGGAUAUGCAUUGACGACUUCAAGUGUUUCAGCAUCUACAACUUGGCGAAUAGUUCAAAAUGCAACAGCAGAGCUCUUUAGAUUUCAGCUGCGCGGUGAGGGCGCGACAAAGUAGCCUCAUCCAGCAGAACAAUCGCCACACCCUUGACCAUCCUGCAAGGUCACAUCCCCAGCAGGCCAAACUCGCCAACCCGCAGCACGGCCCACUCUUCCCGGAGGCUUCCUCAAGCUCGCAACCGUACCAACUGCAGCCGCCUCCAGUACGACAACGUACGGUCCUGCCGCAGAACAUUCAGGUUGCACUUAGCGCGGCAGUCCUCUAUCAACAGCAGCAGCAGCAGCAACAACAGCCGUACCUUCAGCAAGCACCCUCGACGUCGGUUCGACAUCAGGCACACAACAUGUUGGGGAAUGAAGGUCACGUGAUGGACCUGUCACCCUCGUCGGUGACAUCCCUUGCGAGCGAGUUGUCGGAGUAUUCAGAUGAUUCUUGCAGUAAAGAAUUCACCACAUUGACCACUCCUCUGGGAUCUGACGUACCGACAUUAGACUGGGUGAUCUAUAAGAUGAUGGAGAGAGAAAAAACGCAGCAACUUCACAGGGAAAAGAUCGAGACGUGUCAUCUCUAUGAGCUACCUAUAGAUCCCUGGAAGUGGACCUCGACGGAAGUGACGAAAUGGGCCACGUGGUUCAUGCGCAAGACCAAUCCAACUACUGCGCAGGACGUCACGACUACGUUUGAAAAUAGUCCAAUCACAGGCGAGUCACUGGCCCACUUCUCGGAAACCGAACUCAAGCAGUACUUUGGCGAGUUGAGCUCCCAGGCUCACGAGUGUCUGAGGUUAUGGCUGGAAGGUAUGUCACCGCGAGGUUACGACAUCCAAAGACAUCUACUAGAUCUUGAGAGGUCCAAGCAAACAAUGCUCGAACAAUUGAUUGACGUCAUGAACCACAACGACUCCAUCAGCCCUGCAUCGGAGGUCGAGAACCCGUCAGUGACCUUGACCCCUCCCCAUUCCGACUACGACGUCCCGCUCAGCAGCAGCAGCGACGACGCCUUCAGGAACGUCAUCGUCCAACACAUCAAGCCCGAGUACACCGCCUUCCCUUUCUCCGAACACUGCAUGUCCGAGUAUCAGAAUCACUAUAACAUUACACCAUUGAAGUGUCCAGAGCCGCCCUAUCACCAAACCCAGCCGGAUAUGAGCGGCAGCGGCGGGAUAUUCGGACCGGAAACCAUAGGACCGGAUGGCAUGGUACCGGAUAACCUGGGCCCGUUCAUCGACAAGGAAUACAAGUUGGACAUCGAAUCGGAUGAUGAACCGGGAAAGCUUUUUACGGUGAAAGAAGAGAUACAUAUUGAACCGCCACCCAUCAAAAGAAAACGGGGCAGACCAAGGAAGCCACGCUUUCCAAAGCAAAAGCGGGACCAACCAAUCCUCUACAAAUUCAUCCUGAAACACCUCAACAAUCCGUCCGGUGACAGUGGCAAGUACCUCAACUGGGUCAACAAGCCCGAGGGACUCUUCCGAUUCUACUCGGCCAGGAAGGACGAGUUCGCCGAGAUGUGGGGACGAUUCAAAGGCAAGAGGGAACACAUGACCUAUCAGAACAUGGCGCGCGCACUGCGCAACUAUACGCGCGGGAACCGUAAAAUCAUGACCAGCGUGCGCAAGAAGUUGCACUACAAAUUCACGCCCCUUUUCAUUCAGUGAGAGGGAGAGAAAGUGUUGGCUGGCCCGCGGGAGGGGAAAAAACCCCAUCUCUGAGAGUUAUUUUGUGGAACGAGCUCAAAAAGGAAGCGAUGUCUUCCAAUCGUGAUGGUGUUGUGUAAAAACAAACAAAGAAAUAAAUGCGAGGCAAUUCUGGCAGCGAUACGGUGAAAAGCCAUCGGUUGUGACCAUAAAGGAAAUACAUAUUUUUUAUUACCAUAAAGGAAAUACAAAUCUUUCCUGACUGUGUAUUCCUGAUUUGUGUAUUUGUGUUUUUCCUUUUGGCGAAGACAAUCUUUAAGGUGCCAAAAAGAAUCAUAUACACGAUGGUAUGCAUUUUUUUUAAUGAAGAAAUGACUAAUGAAAUCGUAACUGUUUAUUUUUCCUUUUUAACAAGUCUCUUCAAAGAGACGUUCAAGUUGAUUUCAUCUAUUCAAUGGCAUCUUCUCGUAUAUUCAUAGCUCAACAUUUUGCAAAUUUUCUGAUCUUGUUAUCAAUUUGAGGAUCACAUUCAUUGGCGAUCGACUUUUGUCCUAUUAAAAAAAAGCUGAGGACAUGCAGGUCUAAUAUCGAAACACUCACAUUUUCUUUUUCAAUUACCCAAAUCGGAUAUCAAGAACUGCAUUUUAUUUCAUCCGAUUAAUCUGGGAUGAGUUUUUGUGAGGUGUUAUCCUUACAGCUUGCCUUUUUCCUCAUGCAUCCCAUGAAUUUGUCAGAUCUUGCCUUCUUUUAUAACACAUUCUCCCUUAAAAAAAAGGAUUUCGCUUAUGAAAUGUUUUUCGAUCUCAAUGAAAAUCAUGGUCCAAUUUUUGUUGUUAAAUCAACUAAUGCUGUCAUAAUUCUGGACAACCCGUUUCAGAUGUAAUUUGAUACGCCCUCGUGGCUUUUAUUAAUCGAUAGUGUUUAUUGACAAACCUAAAUAAAUUCAUUACCUCAGUCCCACAUGAUUGGAAAUCUUGUACUUUUUAUUGUGAAGUGCGGGACCAACUAAGGUUGGCUCUAAUGCAUCCUUUUGUACGCCCAAAGCGAUUAGAAAGUCGCAGGAAUGUUUUAUAAAAUCAGGGCCCGUUACACAACCCUUUUCAGUGACAAAUGACAAAAAUCAGUGACAAAUCGGCUGAUAACCAAUCAGAAGCAAGGAUUUCACUAGCUUAUAACAAAACCUGUCAUUUGUCAUUGAUGACAAGUUGUGUGAAAUGGGGCCCUGUUCAUUAAUACACAGAAUAUAUAGCAUGGUAAUGCGACGGUUUCAGAACACGACAAGCCGGUUUGGCUUGUAAUACGCACAUUGUGGCUUGUAUUUCAAAUUGAAAUUUACUUCUGUAGAUAAUAUACAUGUUAUUUUAUAGAGUAUUAUCCAUCCGUCUUAUUUACUCAGUAUUUGAAGCAAUACAAUAUAGAUAAACCUUGCUUUAUACACGUAAAUAAUUUCAUGUUCUCGACUGGCAGCUAGAUUUAUGUAAGGUAUAUGGAAAGCAAAAUUCUUCGUUUCUGUACCUGCAUUAUUAAGCUAUCUAAAGGACAAACUACAUUUUAUACAUAGUCUUUUUGCUAGAAGAAGGAAAAUAUGAAAAAGAAGUAGGACCUAAGUGACAUUUUGCUGGAAAUUGUCGACAUAAAAUUAACAAGUCAAGAGAAAUGAACUAUCAUGUUGUUUAUUAUUCUGCGGUCAUGACGUGUGGCGUCAUAAUGCGUGUCGUCAUAAUGCGAAUAGCAUCCACAAAAUUGUAAAUUUCCAAUUUUUGUUUAGGUCCCUACAUAUUACUGAAAACAGGAAGUCGCUCAAUGCUCAUUACGGCAAAGACGUUGGUUUUAAUGUGUGAAAAACAAAAAUAUACAUGACGUUAAAUUGCCAUAUGCCUUCAUGGUGACCCGUAAUUGGUAAAAAUGCUCCCAAGCGAGUAGAGAUGGUGCACACAUUGUUUGUGUACGUGAUUCAAAUGACAAAGGGAAUAUAAGACGUGAUACCCAAACACUACACGUUUUAAAUUACUAUUGUUAUCAUAAGCGGGUAGACAGUUUAAUACGUCAUUGGAUUUGUAAUAGUAUAUCGAAGGCCUGAUCAAAUAUUUACCUUGUCUAUAUUGGAGAUACAAUAACACGGAAGGUAAAAAUAGAGAGCAAACUGUUUAAUGUUUUUAAUAAAGUUUGCGUGCGUGAGAUAUAUAACCUAGAAUAUAUUAGGAGCACGUUUUAAAGGAAAGAUAUUCUUAGUGUCUUAGUACCGUUCUCUAGUAUGACGUUUACAUUGCUAUGAUAACAGUACGAUAUGUAGAUUGUUUACCCAGAAAUCAUCUUGAAAGUUAUACUUGGGAAGAUUAUAACAAUUUAUUUACAAAAAUAGACAUAUUUUAUUUUAAUGAGAUUCGUGGAUUUGUAAAUAAAUGUUUUGAUGUUUAAGCUUCUUCUUUUUGUAAGUGCAACUAAGCCAGAUUUUUAUUUUGUAACGCAGUUGAUAGACUGUCAAGUCUUAGAUUUUAUGUAUAAAGUUCAUUUAUUUUUGGUUUGUGAGUGUGGAUACGCUUUUAUGUCUCCCGAAUAUCGGAGAAAGAGAUUUAUAAUAUUUGAAAAUGUUGUAAGGCAAAUAGAAAUAUAAUCUACGACAUUUAAAAAGAGAAUUAUUAGAGGAAUUAUAAUAGGAAAAAUCACUUCAGUGCUUUGACGAGUAUUUCUGUAUAUAUUAUGUGUUUUCAUUUUUUCAGAAAGUUUGUAAAUAUAUGUUUUGUAAUGUCAAUGAGGAGCUGGACUCUCUAUGGAGACGUAAUACGUGUCCAUAUACCGACAAUUGUUGCAGCUAAAUACAAGCAUGUACUAUGUAAAUAAGUAUUAUCCUUCCAUUUUUUAUAGAGUACUAUGAAGACGACUGUAUCUUUUGCAAACAAAUCCAGUAAUUCUUCUUGCAAGGCCAAUAUUUCUGUUUCAAAAUUGAAUUUGAUGACAUAGUUUUGAAAUAAACGUUAUUUUUUAUACAUAUUUGAUGCUACUUUUUUACAAUAAGUAUUAUGCCGUUCGAUUCUUAUGUUAAAAAAGUACUAUGUUUUGCGUGUACUAUUUGCAGACACAUUUUACACCAACUCGUAAUUUGAGGUCUGAAAGGUUUUAUUCUUUUAAUUGACUUUGAAGACAUCAUGACAUAAAUACUAUUUUAUAUACGUUUGUUAUUACCUUUAUAUACUUUCAAUCAAAUAUGGCGAUAAUGAACAAAGAAAAGGUAAUAGACAAAGAAAACGUUGACUAUCCUCUGAAUUUAAGGUGAUUUUAGUUUUCAUCAUCGAUUGUACAUGCUUUUUAAUACACAGUUAAGAGAAAAUAUUAUAUCCUAAAAAUAUAGAUCUAUUCUUCCAUGGAAACAAAUUAUAUCUUCUCUUUCUUUGUAUUUUUUCUCCCUCGUCUUUCUUUACACAAUGUUUUUGGUUGUAAACAUGCAAACGGGCAUUAUGUCUUGUCUAGAUGCCUCUUAAACCCCGCCGCGGCAAAAUAAGAAUUAUUUUAUUUGCAAUUUAAGGGGAAGAGGGAUGGAAAAGACGGUGACAAUGACAACUGUUUUUCCUGUCGGGAAAUUAUCGCAGUACUGAAAGCUUACUGGUUGCCAGUAAAAUAAUAUCACGUACGCUCUUUCUCACAGUAUGAUUUGGCGAUGUAUAUUUCACAGUAAAUUCAAUAACAGUAUGCUGCUUCUUUAUUAAGUGAUCUAUCAGUCAUUCAUCUCUUUUAAAAUAUAUCGAAUUAGAAUCCCUAUUAUCAUACCCAUACUUAUUACAACAAAUAAUUCUUUUAUAAAUAUACCAACGUUCAAUUCAUAAUCGAAUCGAUUUCGGUUUGCUAAUUAUAUAUCUCUAUUUCAAGAUUAAAAGCAUGUAAAACUAACUCCUUCAAAUGACUUAUACUUAAUAUUUAAAAAGUGAUACUGUGAUAAUAGAAAUUCAAUAUUUUCGUAAUCCGAUUCAUUAUCAUCACCAUCUAUCAUUCGAUUCUUAUUUAGGAAGAUGAGAAUUGAGUUGCUAUCACCUUAAUUACGUUUUCAUUUCCUUUGUCUCGUACUAAAUACGUCAUAAUUGCUUUUGCGGUUAAAGUACUUUUUGUAUGGUAUCCUUGCAUUUAUGACUUUUGUUUUCAGUGCUGCUAAUCGUAUUAAGAAAAGGAAAUUGAUGCCGGUUUAACGGACUUCCUUGAGUUGCUAUUGAGUCUUCCGAUAAGAGUUGAUAUCUAAAGAUGUUUAUUAGAUAUGGGUGAUAAUCAUAUGAUGAAAUCAUUUUGUGUUGUAAAAAGGUAAUAAAUCGGAUCCUUUUAUAUAAAAACAUGAA